CUGAACCUUCUCCAGACUAAACAGUCCCUGUUCCCUCACCUGCUCCUCAUAGCACUCAUUCUCCAGACCCUUCACCAGCUUCAUUGUCCUUCUCUAGACCUGCUCCAGCAAGUCUUCUUAGUUGGUGCUGUUUCAUAGUAUCUAAUAGUGCAUAGACAGAGAUAGCCUUUGUGCGAUCUGGAUUUCUGGAGGAUGAGGAUGCCAACAGGAGCCUAUCUGCUUUCCCGAUGAGCCAGGCCCUGCGGAGCGGCUCCUCAGCCAAACCUCCCCACCUGUUCGCUGCAGCCGCGCCCGCCAGCUGCCUGCGCACUGCCCGGCCCCUCACCGCCACUCCCGUCCCGAGGGGCGCUGCCUUCCCCAUUGUUUUAAGGCCACCCUUAGGCCGGGGGAGAGGGGAGGAGAUCAUGGACGUGGGGGCGGCCGACUUCUGGCGGUGUCUCCCGCGCCUGAGGGGCCGCAUCCACCGAGCGGCCUUCCUGGCCUUUGAUAUGGAGUUUACUGGCUUACAUUCAUCUUCCCUGCAAAAUGACAAGCUCAGUUCUGAUUGUGUUCCUAGCCUGUUUGAUUCCCCUGUGGAGCGGUACCUGAAGGCCAAGCAGAGUGUGCAGCACUUCACUGUUACUCAGCUUGGGCUGGCAAUAUUCUCAAAUGAAAGUUCAAACAAGUAUGUGGUGCAUUCAUACAACUUCUUUCUCUUUCCCUCAACAUGGGGGGUUACGGAUGUCGAAUUUACCCUCUCUGCAUCUAGCAUGCAGUUCCUGUCUCAUUAUGGCUUUGACUAUAAUAAGUUCCUCAAAGAUGGAAUCCCGUAUAUGAAUGAGGCACAAGAGAAGAUCCUUCACCAGCAUCUCUUAGAGGGUAGCAGGAAAGUGAGCAGUGCUCUGGACAGGGAUGUGCUGAAGAAAGCUAUUGAUGAAGUGACCUGUUGGAUAACUAAAGCAGAGGAAGAAGAGAUUAUGAUUCUGCAGGAUCUGAGUGGCUAUCAGAUGCUUGAAGUUCAGCUGGUUCUGAGAGAGGCUCUCCAAAACGUUUGGACACAGCCUCUUGGAAUCAAGAAGGUAAUGGUGAAAAAAGUGAGUCCCCAGCAUCGUCAGCUUCUGGAGAACAAUCCUUACGACUGCUGCCAGAAGGAGCUCAUUCUCCUGUCUGCCCGGGGCUUCACCAACCUCUUCCAGAUACUUGUUCAAGCCAAGAAGCCUAUGGUGGGACACAACAUGCUCAUGGACCUCAUGCAUCUUCAUGACAAGUUCUACAAGCCCCUUCCAGAAAGCUAUGAGGAGUUUAAAAGGAACAUUCACAACCUGUUUCCUGUCCUAAUAGACACCAAGACUGUAACAAAAUCCAUAUGGAAGGAAUGUCAUUUUCCUCGGGUAUCUAGUCUUAUGGAGGUGUAUGCAGUUUUGUGCAGCAGCAGCCUAAAUCCUAAGGAUUCAAUGUGCCCUGAGAUAGCUCUUGCAAGUGACUGCUCAAGAUAUGCUGAGAAGAAAUCACCUCAUGAGGCAGGCUAUGAUGCAUUUCUCUGUGGUUCAGUUCUUCUGAAGUCAGCCCAUUUGCUACUGUGCACAUCCACAGAUGGUGCAGUGGAGGCUGAUCCCUCUUUCUCUCAGUAUCUCUCCGUGUUAGCCAAGUACCUGAACAGAGUGAACUUCAUCCGAGGUGGUGUUUCAAGCACUAAUUUUUCUGGGGAAGAUGUUCCCUGCCACCAUCCCCCUCUCCUGGCUGUCUGUGUCCGAGGCUGGCCAGGGCUGAACGAAAGGCAGAUUUACCAGGAGUUCAAAGCUCUUUGUCGCUUUGAUGUCAGGCGGCUUUCAAAGAACCAGUUUCUUCUGCUUUCUGAUAAAUUUAAGCAAGUCAGGCAUGUUCUGCGAGAUUAUAAACAUCACCCUCACCUGCGGAUUUCCGUCUAUCGCCACUGGAGGCACUCUCCGGGCGUGAACUGCCUGCUGCAAGUCUCUGGUGUUGUGGCACUGUGGUCUCUCUUGGCCUUUGUACUUGGAGGAGCUCCUCGCUGCUUGUUCUAAAGCCUUACAGAUGUGACAUGAGGAACUUCUUGUUUGUCUAUGGUUUGUUUUGUUUCACUUCAUUCAAUAAAUUAUGAUUAAAGAAAAGCUAUCAA